AUGGCAUCUUACGGCUCGUCUGCCUACGCGUCCACGAGCUCUGCUUCGCAAGCCGAAUCGUCGCUGGACAAGGUGCGCGAAUACACUUCCAAGGUCGAAGAUCUGAUCGACCAGUACACGCAGCCCAUCAAGCCGCAUCUUCCUGCGCUUGGUCGCUUCUUGAUCGUCGUCACUUUCCUCGAAGAUGCGCUCCGAAUCAUGACGCAGUGGACGGAUCAAAAGUACUAUUUGCAACGUCAUCGUGGUUUCCCUUGGGGCAUCAGCCAUAUCUUCCUCCUGGCUAACGUUGUUGUCAUGUGUGCUGCCUCGGCGGCAGUGAUUAUGCGCAAAUACCCGGAGAUCUCGGUGGGCGCAUUGUUCGCUGUCGUCGUCGUCCAAGGAUUCGGAUACGGCCUGAUUUUCGAUCUCAACUUCUUCCUUCGCAACCUUUCGGUCGUCGGUGGUCUCUUGAUGGUUCUUUCGGACAGCCUUUCGACCAAGAAGAACAUCUUUGCUGGACUUCCGAGUCUUAGCGAGACCGACCGGAAGAUCUACUUCCAGCUUGCUGGCCGUGUGCUGCUCAUCUUCCUGUUCAUUGGCUUUAUCAUUCAGGGCGAGUGGACGUUGGCACGUGUCGUUGUCUCGAUGCUUGGCUUGGGUGCCUGCAUCAUGGUUGUUGUCGGCUUCAAGGCUCGCUGGAGUGCUAGCUUCUUGGUUAUGAUCCUUAGCAUCUUCAACCUGUUUGUCAACAACUUCUGGACGGUGCACUCGGCCCACCCUUCGCGCGACUUUUUGCGAUACGACUUUUUCCAGACGCUUUCGAUUGUAGGAGGACUCUUGCUGCUUGUUAACAUGGGUCCAGGCGGACUCUCGGUUGACGAGCGUAAGAAGGUUACCUAA